UGUUGAUGAGCGCAAUUGGAGCGACAGCCCAGUACAAUUUUCCCACAAUUUUGACAGAUUUGAAACAAUCAAAGGCGCUCUCUCGCCUACUGAAACCAGCAAUAUUGUUUGUUUAGGGUUUUUUUUCUUCUUUUUCUGCUUCUUCACCUAUGCAUUCGCCACAAACAUAACGACAGAAAAAGUUUUAUCGAUACCAGAUUUUUGGUUCGUGUCACCGUAAAUUGCAUCUUAGCUCGAAUUUAUUACAUUGCCCAACUAAUGAACAUUGCCCUUUCAUUGGAAAUUCGUUCAAAUUUAAUAAAUAAAUAAACUAAAUUGGAAUUUAGUUUUGUUUUUCCCUUCGGUUUUGUCCUUUGUAUCUCUGUCAAGUUCGAACCACAGCAGUGUAAUUGAAAAGCCAGAAUUUGUGAGUGAUUCGACGGGAAAGGGAGGAAGAAAACAAUAGACGAUAAACAGUAAGAAAUACAAAACCAACUUUUUUCGUUGUUGUUGUUUACGUUUAUAUUGGGAGUUUUAAGUUUCAAUCUCCGGGAAUUCGAUGGCUACGGUGGUUGUCCCAAGUAAAAAAUCGAACGCUACAACGGGAGCAUGUGGAAAUUCGGGUCGAAAAAAAUCCGGACCAAAAUUCGAUUUGACCGAAGAGCAAAAAGCGGACAUCAAAGAGGCAUUUAAUCUAUUCGAUACAGAAGCCACGGGUUUGAUUGAUACAAAAGAAUUGAAAGUGGCCAUUCGGGCGCUCGGUUUUGAGCCGAAAAAAGAAGAAAUCAAACGAAUGAUUGCUGAAGUGGACAAAGAUGGCACGGGUAAAAUAUCAUUUGCCGAUUUUCAACAGCUGAUGACCGUUAAAAUGGCCGAAAAAGAUUCAAACGAAGAAAUCCUGAAAGCAUUUCGACUGUUUGAUGACGAUGAAACUGGGAAAAUUUCGUUUAAGAAUUUAAAACGCGUUGCCAAAGAACUGGGCGAAAAUUUAAACGAUGAAGAACUGCAAGAGAUGAUCGAAGAAGCCGAUCUCGACGGCGACGGAGAAGUGAACGAAGAAGAAUUUCUGCGGGUUAUGAAAAAAACUAGUUUGUACUAAAACUUUAAACAAAUCAAAAUUAAUCUAAAGAUACAAAUGAGGUGGAAAAUGAAAAAUACAAAAAAAAAAUAAAUAAAUAAAUAAAAAUAGCUCAUCACAUACAACAACAACGGAUAACAAUGAAACAAAAAUAUAGUCAUAUUUCUAGAACGUACAAAUAACCAACUAAGAUUUUUAAUGUAUAAUAAAGUGUUUUGUUCUUUUGUUUCUUGAAACGCACCAUCACCACCCCUCCGAUAUAAAUAAAUUCCAAAUUGAACAUACAAAAAUAGACAAAGAACAAACGAGCAAUGUGCAGCAUUUAGUGAAAAUAAAUUUACUCUUAAGUUUGAAUUCGUAUUAAGCUAUUAAGUUCAGCGCGUAAAAUGCGUAUCGAUGAGUUGGAUUCGCGUAAAACGUGAUAAAUCCGUAGAUUUCCGUUUUGUUCAUUGCAUAGGAUCGCUGAUGUUACCAUUUUUUUUUUAGUUCAAUUCCAGUGUUUUUUUUUCUCUGUUUAAGUCGUUGGGUUUUUUUUCCAAAUUUUUCCUCCUUAGAAAUCGUUAGAUUAAAAGUCAAGACAUCUAUUUUUGAUACGAUGAUCAAAUUCGAUUUACAAAAAAAUGAUGAAAACAAAAAUACACAGGUAGCCAAACAAAUCAAUUCUCCGAUUUUCAAUCCGUACAUUUUUAUGAUAUGGCAUUUGUAAGAAAAGUGGAGACGAAAAAAGAAGCAACAGAAAUUUAAAAAUAAAAUACGUCGAUUAAAAUUGACCUUUACAAAA